CAUUACCUAGGACUGUAGCCUACCGUUUCCGAGGAUAACAAUAAGAAGUGCGCGUUCAGACAUACGAAACGUCAUUAAAGAGGACUAAUUUAAAAAGCAAUUGGAGAAGUAUUUUCUAUUUCGUACAGUGAAUUCUUUUGGAAACUGUCAACAACUUUCAUCCGCGAGGCUUUUUUAUUCGAAGAGAAGAUGUUGAAAGUUUACCUCAUGUUGGUUUUGUCGGCGGCUGCUGUUUUCGCGGAGUCGGUACGAGAAACUGAAACGUGGGUACCUUUGAAAAACAAAGCAACUCAUGAGGAACUGGAGUCCUCGGGGGACUCUCAGAAUGGAGAUUUUGAGUUCGCUGAAAUCACCCCGACAAUCGACGAUGAGGAUGACCUUGUUAAGGAUGACCUUGGUGACUAUGAAGAUGAUGAAGAUAAUGAUGAGAUGUCAGGCUCUGGAGGAGCAGAGAUAACAGACUUAGAGGAUGAAAUCCAUAACUCGAUCCCCGAUAUUGAGCGUCCGGUUAACCCAGAACCCACUGUGGAUGACCGGAUUUUGGUCAAGAACAACGAGGUAUUGGGUCAAGGACGAAGCCAUGAUGUUUCCGAAACCAAUAAUGUGCUCAUGUCUCAUGCUGGAGACGACAGCUUAUUUAACAAGAAAGAAGUGCUAGCAGCUGUUAUUGCCGGAGGAGCAGUCGGUCUCGUCUUUGCUGUCAUCCUCAUCGUCCUCCUCAUUCAUUUCGUCCUGCGGAUCAAGAAAAAGGACGAAGGAAGUUACGACCUGGGCAAAACGCCCAUCUACAAGAAAGCCCCCACCACAGAAAUCUACGCAUGAGCAUACACAUUCUCUCUCUCCUUUGAACUAUAAGCUCACAUAGUGCCUCGCCUUGACGGGGUCACCACCAACCACAGGAGGACCUCACUAAAAAUAAUUACUCAGACUGGACUUUUGCAUUGAAAUUUCAUCAAUCGAAAAGUCACUUGGACAGGGGGCUACCUGUUGCCAAACUGGUCCGUUCAAAAGCUAUUCUUGUCGUUUUGCUGAAGUUUUUUGCCUUUUAACUUGUGUGCUCCGUUGCAUCUUUUAUUUUCGAAACACUACGCAAUGGUGCAUUCACAGGUUGAAGGGUCCGGGUCACCAGCUGACAAUUUCAACCACCCAUCUCAGUGUCACGAGUGGCGCUACAGUGGGUUGGUUACUGUACCCUGUUUUGUUUUUUAAUUGUUUUUUAUUUUUUUUAAUCUGCGCUGUAAAUCCUUUUAAUUUUCUUAUUAAACAUCAGCGGUGAAACCAUAUUGAGAGCAUGCAGUAUAUCUUUGAAACAAAAUCCUGUCGUACUACGGAGAGCAAUGUAUGUACUGCAUUAAAUGUAUACUUGUUUCAACAUGGUGUUGGAGGAUAAUGUACAUUCCGCUUAUCGCAUGUCAUUUCCAUGGUGGUUUUGUUAAGUUAAUCGAGAGAAUAGAUCCACUACAUUGCUGCUGGACUGUCAGCUAAGCUACUUUAACAGGUACAGACAUGUUGUUGUCGAUUGAAAUUCAUUUCAUCGCUAACAGAUAUUCAUCAUCCAGGGAUCUGUAUAUAGCCAUUUGAAUAAAAUGUAAAUCUUCGGUACGUUUAGCCAUUUCUUGACAGCCUUUUAUUUACCAAAUAUUUAAAUGCCAAAAUCAAUUUUAAUUCUCUUAUAUCUCAUCCUGGUAUUUGCUUUGGCACAAAUCUGUUUGUGAAACAGAUGCUUGCGUCUAUAGCUUUUAAAUACAUGUUUUGUUGGAGAACAAUGACCGAUGCUAGUACUAACUUUUUGUCGUUUUUCAGUGUUUUUGUAGAUGUUCUUAAUUCUCAUUUUAUUUAGUUUUUGUUAAUUUAACUGUCAUAUUUUAUUGCCUGCCUUCAGGUUGGGGUUUACCCCCUAUCAGCUGUUGUACAUGUGAUCAUUGUUUUUGUUUUUUAUAAACAUUAGUGCAAAUUUUUUUAAAGCUGUAGUUUUUCAGCAGAUUUUUGUAAAAGAGUUUCUAUUUCUUUUAGUCCUUAUUAAGCCGAAUCUAUUUAUAUUUUGUAGGAAGAUGUUCUGGAUUAGUUAAGACGAACGUGAAUGAGCCGUGUGGCGAUAAAAGAAUAACAAAUCUGCUGCUCUGUUUGGUCGCAUCCAGAUGAAAUCACUGAUCUAAUGAAGAAGUCAAUGAAUCAUUGAUUUCUAUUUGCAGGUUCUGAUCUGUUGAAAAUAAAGCUAUUUUAUGCACAUAA